GACCUCGUUAAGUUGAGUUGUUGAGAGAAAGUUAAUUAUGAAUCGUAUAUAUACAAGGUACGGGAAGAUAUUCAAGACGAGCGUGGCGGGGAGGGCGGUGGUGAUGUCGGCGGACCCGGAUUUCAACCACUUCAUACUCCAACAGGAAGGCAAGCUGGUGGAGCUGUGGUACAUGGAUUCCUUCGCCGAGCUCGUCGGCCAGCGCGGCCCGCUGAAGGAAGUCGCCACCGCCGGGAGCCUGCACAAGAACCUGAAGAAGCUCAUUCAGGAGCACAUUGGCAUCGAGAGCUUGAAGGGAGACCUGUUGGGCUUCAUGGAUCGGGUCGUGAAUCGGACUCUGGACUCGUGGACGACGGGACGCGUGGAAGUCAGAUCUGCCACCGCCAAGGUAGCUAUAGCACUGUAUAUUUUUAUUAUUUAAUGCUAAGUAUGACUUGAACUUCAAGUGUUUUGGUUGAACAUGUAAAUAAUCUUUUUUUUAAAAAAAAAAUAUACACAGCUGUUUUAAAAUUUUCAAAUCGAAAAGAAAGGUUUUUAUUUAUGAUGAAACUGAAAAUAAAAAAAAAUUCAUCUUAAUUGUAUUGCUCAACGUUCAAAUUAUAAUGAAAUUUUUACACCAUAAUGAUCACAUAUUCUUAAAAAUUUCAAAUGAAAACAUUAGCUAAAAAAAAAAAAAAAAUAUUGGCGAAACGAGGCUAGCCUAGUUGGUGCAUCGUCUUAGGUAAGGUCCUGAAUUCAAGCCCCGACGGCAACGAUUAUUUUUGGAGUAUCACCUGUCAAUAAUAAUAAAAAGUAUAGUGGUGCCGCCACAAGGUAGGUCGUCCCGUGAGGUCCUGGAUAGGGAUGAAAAAUAAUCAGGCCUGAGGCGGAUAUUGCAUAUCCAUUACCUUAUUCAAAGUAGUUCGGGUAUCUAUACCCACAUAAGAAAUGGGUAGAAAAUCAAAACCAUGUCCAUACCCGUUCGGGGUUUUGGGUAUCCACACAUUACAUAAGAGGAAAAAUACAACAAUAAUUCACUAGAAUGAAGAAAAUCAAUUAAAACAACAAAAUUUCAUGAAAAUAUUAUAUUUAUAAGCUAAAUAUAAAAUAUGUUAGAGCAAAAUAUUGAUUACUUCUAGACAAAAUACAUAUGCAUUUGUAUAAUCGAGCGGGUUCGGAUUGGAUAGUGAGAAAACCAUGCACACCCAUUGCUCGCAAUAUUCGGGUUAGGGUUUUACCCAUACUCACUAAAAGUCCUUCGAGUUCGAGUUUUACCCUACCCAAUUAAAUCGAAUUCAAACGGAUAUUCACGAUUACGAAUAUUUUUACCAUCUAUUUAAUGCCCCCUCAUUCCCAGAUGCUGCGGUGGGCAUAACAGAAAUUGCCAGAUUUAGUGCAUAAAAUUGCAGGCCUCAG